UCUUUCCUCCGAGGGUGUCGUGUAACCCAUUUCCUGUAAAGGCUGUAGUUAAUCAUCUAUGAAAGGAGACUUUAGCGACGAGCGUCUGCUGCUAUCUAUGGUCACCGCGCGUUGGUUUUCUGGGUCAUGAAAGGAAGGAGAUAAUGGAGGAGAGGAGCAGGGGUUUUCUGUUAGCUUUGGGACUCAUACAAAGCAUGAAAUAAUGAUGACGUCUUGCCACCUGCUGCCUUCAAGAACACAGCAGGUUGUCCUGCAGAAUCUGUUGAUGUGCAUGGUGUGCUUCUACUCUCUCUACUACAUCGUGGUCAGUCUCUGCAUCGGACUGCUCAGGGUUCAUGAGAUCAACAGCUUGUUGACUCCAUUUGACUACACAACACAACCGUCAUGGCAGAAUCCCAAAUACCUUGUCGGUGUAAUUUCCACAGAAGUGACCUAUGUCUUGGGAGGGCUGGUGUUCGCCUGGAUUGUAGAGGAGUGGGUUUGGGACUACGCCAUAACUGUCACACUGCUGCAUGUCGCGAUGACUGUAGCAGUGAUGUCAGACUUCCCUUCAGCUGAGCACUGGUGGAUAGCUCUGGGUUCGGGUCUGGUGAUGAUGAUAUUUGGAGGACAGCUUAUGGCCCAUAAACUCUUCAGAAGCAACUUUGUCUAUCCGGCUGAACUACAGAACUUCUAAUGAACACAAUGAGGAAAGCUUUUAACUGGCUUACCAGGUUAUUCUCAGUUUGAGAUGCAUCCGUAUAGGUUCACCUUUCAAAGAUUAUAUUGCUAGGUUCAUGGUAAGCAACUACAGUAUGUACAUCAAGAAUAUAUAUAUUUAUAUUCUUCAGAGACAUACUGUAACGUUGUUUUUUUAAGUCAGAUCCCUCCUUGCACCUUUGCCUAUUUAUCAAUUGUGUUUUUUAACAUAUUCUGUACAGUUUAAGUGUUUUGUAUUGUUUCUUUCCACACUAUAACCUAAAGAUAAUGGAAGAAUGGACACCUGUAGAAGACUGGAUCUACAGCUGCUGUGACCACGUUAAAUAAGAAAUCUGACUUAUAUUUUUGCAAUAUUUCUGGUGUAAUGUUAGUGUUAUUUAUGUAUAUAGCAUAUAGUGAAGUAGUAUAAAGAAAAGUAUGACCUGUUCAGACAGCAAGAAGAGAUCCACUCCUAAGUGUGCAUGUGUGGACAAAAUUGUGCUUACAGACAGAAAAUGUACGUCCUUUGGAGCUUCAUGUGAGAUGAAACCAACAUCACAAAUAAAUCAUGAUUUUAAAACUGGUUUUAUAUAUAUUCAAACUGGAUUUACAUUAAAUACUUUCAGCAAAAUUG